AUGUCGGUAAUAUUUUACAGAUUAUUUGUAAAUGCAUUGAGACAAAAUCUGCCGAGACAUCCCAUUAAAUCAGUGCCGCAUCUGCGCUCUAUAUCAGCCAUGGAGGUAGCUACUGUGGAAAAAGUAGCAGAUGGUAAUCAAAAAGAAUCUCAAGAAAUAGUACAAAAUAAAAAUUUUACAAGGUUCAAACAACGGUUCAUGAAGCGACAAUGGCAGGAUCCAGAUCCAAAUAAAACUGAGAAUGGUGAAUCAGACGAGAAGAAACUUUGUGAAAGACCAGUAGAAAGGAUCAAAAGAAAGAAAAUGGCACUCGUUUUGGGGUACUGCGGUGUUGAUUACUAUGGCAUGCAACGUAAUCCUGGUGUACGAACAAUAGAGGAAGAUUUAUUAAAGGCACUAAUGGAGGCUAAAUAUAUAACUGAAGACGAUUUCAACAAUCAGCAGAACACACAGUUUCAACGGAGUUCUCGGACCGACAAGGGUGUAUCUGCUGCCAGACAGGUUGUGUCACUUAAACUACCUCUUGAAGUAGAUGUAAACGAAAUAAAUAAAAGGCUGCCGGAUUGUAUCAAAGUAUUUGGUAUAAAGAGAGUGACAAACAAAUUCAACUCAAAAUCAAAGUGCAAUGCGAGAACAUAUAGCUACACUCUUCCCACUUAUGUAUUUGAACCUAGCUUAGUAACCGAUGAGGAAAGAAAGCAAUAUAGAAUAUCAGAAGAUAAAAAAGAACAAGUUAGAAAGGUGCUAGAAGUUUAUAAAGGAACAAAGAGUUAUCAUAACUUUACGGAAAAGAAACACCACCAAGAUCCUUCAUCGCUAAGGUACAUGAUGGGAUUCACUUUAGACAGAGUGUUUGUUGAUUCAGAAAUGGAAUUUGCAGUUCUGUUAGUAAAGGGUCAAAGCUUUAUGCUGCAUCAAAUUCGGAAGAUGGUUGGUCUGGCGAUAGCUGUGCUGCGCGGUCAUACUGAUAAUUCCAUCUUGAGAAAGCUUUUGGCAAGGAAAAGGUUAUGAUACCAACCGCACCUGGGCUUGGACUUGUCCUUGAUACGGUCCACUACGACAGGUACGACAACAAAUUCAAGGACAGCCAUGACAGUUUAACUUGGACAUCUGAAGAGGAAGAAAUACAAAAGUUUAAGCAUGAACACAUAUACCCUGUAAUUGUUAAGGGAGAAGUAGAUAACAACUCUAUGGCCUUGUGGCUUGAGAAAAUGAGUAAUCAUUCAUAUGAACCAUCGGAAGAUGUUCCAGAGAAAAUAGAUGAGAAAGAACUGGCUGGUGGUGGGGAUGAUGAUGAUGAUAUUGACGAAGCUGAAGAUGAAGGUGAUGAUGAGAAAAAUGAUAGCAAAAACAGCAAUACUGUUGUGUCCACCGCUGCGCAAAGUAAUAUGGAAAACGGUAACUCUGAUAAAAGUGGAAACCUAUGA